AUGUCCAACCCCUUCCUGAAGCAAGUCUUCAACAAGGAUAAGACAUUCCGGCCCAAGCGCAAGUUUGAGCCGGGCACGCAGCGCUUUGAGCUGCACAAGCGGGCGCAGGCGUCGCUGAACGCGGGCCUGGACCUGCGGCUGGCGGUGCAGCUGCCGCCAGGGGAAGACCUGCACGACUGGGUGGCUGUGCACGUGGUGGACUUCUUCAACCGCGUCAACCUCAUCUACGGCACCGUCAGCGACGGCUGCACCGAGCAGUCCUGCCCUGUCAUGUCAGGCGGCCCCAAGUAUGAGUACCGCUGGCAGGAUGAGCGUGAGUUCCGCAAGCCCACUGCACUGCCCGCCCCCAAGUACAUGGACCUGCUGAUGGACUGGAUCGAGGUGCAGAUCAACAACGAGGACCUCUUCCCCACCAACGUCGGCACGCCGUUCCCCAAGAACUUCCUGCCAGUGGUGAAAAAGAUCCUGUCGCGGCUGUUCCGCGUGUUUGUGCACGUCUACAUCCACCACUUUGACCGCAUCGCUCAGAUGGGCUCCGAGGCGCACGUCAACACCUGCUACAAACACUUCUACUACUUUGUCCGGGAGUUCGGCCUCAUUGACACCAAGGAGCUGGAGCCGCUGAAGGAGAUGACCGCACGAAUGUGUCACUGA